CCUUCACAGCAUCCCGGAAGUGUCUCCACGCCGCUCGUUCUCGGCCAUUUUUUCAAGUACAAGCUCCCCGAGACAAAAAACACAACACAUCCUUUUAUUACUGUACAUAAAUCUGGAAUUUACCACUGAAGUGAGACGUGAUCUGCAGUCAUGUCUGACUUCAUCGAGAGCGAGGCCGAGGAGUCAGAGGAGGAGUUUGAGGAGAAAGACUUGAAGCCCAGAAAGACCCAGAGGUUUAUGGAGGAGGACGAUGAGGAGGAGGAAGAGAACACAGAAGACCAGGACGAGCGAGGAAACUUACGAGGUCUCAUUGAUGAUGGAGAUGAGGAGGAGGCGGAGGAGGAAGAAGCUCAAAAGAGUGGUAGUGCAGCGGCGAGUGACUCAGAAGAGGAAGUGAAGCAUCGACGUAAAAAGCGAAAUUAUGAUGACUACCUGGAUGAUGAUGAUCUUGACCUGAUUGAAGAAAACUUGGGUGUCAAAGUUAAAAGAAGGAAGAAGAAAUACGACCGUGUGAAAACACUCGACGACGAUGAAGAGGAUGAUGACGAGAAGGACUUGAUCGCUGAUGAGAUCUUUCAUGGAGAUGCGGAUGGCGAGCUUGAGGAAGGCGAGGCCGUGGAUGAGCCUCUCCACCACGCUGAUGACGAGGAGGAAGGGGAGGAUGAGGAGUCAGAUAUAGAUGACUUCAUUGUGGACGAUGAUGGUCAACCAAUCACCAAAAAGAGGGGCAAGAAGUUCUCAGGAUACACAGAUGCAGCCCUCCAGGAGGCCCAGGAAAUUUUCGGCGGCGACUUUGACUUUGCCGACUUUGACGCCGACGCUUACGAAGGGGGCGAGGAGGAAGAAGAGGACCAGGAUGAAGAGGGCUGGGACCGACCUAAGAAGCAGACCAAGAGAAGACAAGGGAGGAAGAGCAUCUUUGAGAUCUACGAGCCCAGUGAGCUGGAGAGCAGUCACAUGACUGACCAAGACAACGAGAUCAGGACUACUGACAUGCCCGAGAGGUUCCAGCUGCGAUCGAUCCCUGUUAAACCUGCUGAGGAUGAUGAGCUAGAAGAGGAAGCAGAAUGGAUCUUUAGACAUGGCUUCUCCACUCUUACCAUCUCCAUGCAGGAGAGCACAGAUUAUCUGGACAGAGGAACAACCACAAACUUCAGCAGGAAAGGCCCCAGCACCAUCGCCAAGAUCAAAGAGGCCCUCAACUUCAUGAGGAAUCAACAGUUUGAAGUUCCUUUCAUAGCUUUCUACAGGAAAGAAUAUGUGGAGCCUGAGCUGAACAUCAACGACCUGUGGAAGGUGUGGCAGUGGGAUGAAAAGUGGACACAGCUGAAGACCAGGAAGCAGAACCUUACGCGUCUGUUCCAGAAGAUGCAGUCCUACCAGUUCGAGCAGAUCUCUGCAGACCCUGACAAACCUCUGGCUGACGGCAUCCGUCCUCUGGACACGGCUGACAUGGAGCGGCUGAAAGAUGUGCAGACGCUUGAAGAGUUGGGUGACGUUUACAAUCACUUCCUGCUCUACUAUGGCCGAGACAUCCCUAAGAUGCAGAACGCCGCCAAGACGACGAAGAAGAGGAUGAAGAAGAUCAAAGAGGUGUCAGAAGAUGGUGAAGAAGAGGAGCUAGAGGUCGAGGAAGAAGAAGAACAAAAAGGACCUGACCUCAAGCUGGCAUCUCGCAGAGAUAUGUACAGCAUCUGUCAGAGUGUCGGACUUGAUGGUUUGGCGAAGAAGUUUGGAUUGACUCCCGAGCAGUUUGGAGAAAAUUUGAGAGACAGCUACCAGCGUCACGAGACCGAGCAGUUCCCAGCUGAGCCCAUAGAGCUGGCCAAAGACUACGUGUGCAGUCAGUUCUCCACCCCCGAGGCAGUUCUUGAGGGAACCAGGUACAUGGUAGCCAUGCAGAUCGCCCGUGAGCCUCUGGUCAGACAUGUUCUCCGACAGACGUUUCAGGAGAGGGCCAAGAUCAACAUCAAGCCCACGAAGAAGGGCAAAAAGGAGAUAGACGAGGCUCACUUUGCCUACUCCUUCAAGUAUCUGAAGAACAAAGCUGUGAAAGAGCUAAACGGGGAUCAGUUCUUGAAGAUGUGUCUGGCAGAGGAGGAGGGGCUGCUCACCAUUGACAUCUGUAUCGACCUCAUCGGGGUCAAAGGAUACGCCGGAGACCAGACGUACUUUGAUGAGAUCAAACAGUUCUACUACAGAGACGAGUUCAGCCACCAGGUGCAGGAGUGGAACAGGCAGCGAACUUUAGCCAUCGAGAGGGCGCUCAGUCAGUUCCUCUAUCCUCAGAUGGCCAAAGAGCUUAAGAGCAAACUGAUCGCCGAGGCCAAAGAGAGCAUCGUCAGGUCCUGCUGUCGUCGGUUGUAUAACUGGCUGAAAGUGGCUCCUUACAGGCCAGAUCAGCAGGUAGAGGAGGAUGAUGACCUGAUGGAUGAGAGUCAGGGCAAAGGCAUUCGUGUGCUGGGUGUGGCCUACGCACCAAGCAGAGACACACCCGUUUUCUGUGCUCUGAUCAACGGCGAAGGAGAGGUGGUUGACUUCUUACGUCUGCCCUACUUCAUGAAGAGGAGGAAUGCCUUCAGGGAGGAUGAAAGGGAGAAGAAGGCCCACGAUAUUGAAAAUCUAAAGAAGUUCCUGUCCAGUAAGAAACCUCAUGUGGUGGCUGUUGCAGGAGAAACACGAGACGCUCAAAUGAUCAUGGAGGACAUCAAGAGGGCCAUCAGCGAGCUGGAGCAGGAGUCGUCUCUGCCGGCUGUGGGAGUCGAGCUUGUUGACAAUGAACUGGCGACAUUGUACAUGAACAGCAAGAGGUCUGAGGUGGAUUACAGAGAUUACCCCCCGCUGCUACGACAGGCUGUGUCCAUAGCCAGGAAAAUCCAGGAUCCUCUGAUAGAGUACGCUCAGGUCUGCAGCACAGAUGAUGAUAUCCUGUGUCUGAAACUGCACCCGCUACAGGAACAUGUGGUGAAGGAGGAUUUGCUCAGCGCUCUGUACUGUGAAUUCAUCAAUCGCGUCAAUGAGGUCGGAGUGGACGUGAACAAGGCCAUCGCGCAUCCUCACACCCAGAGCCUGGUCCAGUUUGUUUGUGGUCUAGGACCCAGGAAGGGCUCACACUUACUCAAGAUUCUGAAGCAGAACAACACCCGCCUGGAGAACAGGACUCAGCUGGUCACGAUGUGUCACAUGGGACCCAAAGUUUUUAUCAACUGUGCCGGUUUCAUUAAGAUCGACACUGCGUCACUAGGAGACAGUACUGACUCCUACAUCGAGGUUCUGGAUGGAUCUCGAGUCCACCCUGAGACGUACGAGUGGGCUCGUAAGAUGGCUGUGGACGCUCUUGAGUACGAUGAGUCAGCAGAGGAUGCUAACCCGGCAGGAGCUCUGGAGGAGAUCUUGGAAAAUCCUGAACGUCUGAAAGAUCUGGAUCUGGAUGCCUUUGCUGAAGAGCUUGAGAGACAGGGUUAUGGAAACAAAGGGAUUACCCUCUACGAUAUCCGUGCUGAGCUGAGCUGCAGGUACAAAGAUCUGAGAGUCGCCUACAGAGUCCCUAACACAGAGGAGGUGUUCAACAUGCUCACCAAGGAGACUCCAGAGACCUUUUAUAUCGGUAAGCUGAUCACCAGUGUAGUAACAGGUAUCGCUCACCGGCGGCCUCAGGGAGAGAGCUACGACCAGGCCAUCCGCAAUGACUCCACCGGGCUGUGGCAGUGUCCCUUCUGCCAGCAAGACAACUUCCCUGAACUCAGCGAGGUGUGGAAUCACUUUGACAGCGGGUCGUGUCCGGGUCAGGCUAUCGGGGUGCGGUCCAGGUUAGAUAACGGCGUACAGGGAUUCAUUCCCACCAAGUUCCUCAGUGACAAAGUGGUGAAACAUCCAGAGGAGAGAGUCAAGGUGGGCAUGACCGUUCACUGCCGCAUCAUGAAAAUCGAUAUUGAGAAAUUCAGCGUUGACCUCACGUGCCGCACGUCGGAUUUGAUGGACAAAGCCAACGAGUGGAAGCUCCCCAAGGACAGCUACUAUGACUUCGACAAUGAGACUGAAGACCAAAAACAGGAGGAGGAGCUCAAGAAGAAACAACAGAGGACACCGUAUAUCAAGCGUGUCAUCGCCCAUCCGAACUUCCACAACAUCAGCUUCAACCAGGCAGAGAAGAUGAUGGAAACCCUGGAUCAGGGAGACUUGAUCAUCAGACCCAGCAGCAAAGGAGAGAACCACCUCACUGUUACCUGGAAGGUGGCUGAUGGAAUCUACCAGCAUGUGGACGUGAAAGAAGAAGGGAAAGAAAACGCCUUCAGCUUAGGGCACACUCUCUGGAUCAAUACUGAAGAGUUUGAAGAUCUGGAUGAAAUCACCGCUCGGUUCAUCCAGCCUAUGGCUUCAUUCGCCCGGGAUCUUCUAGGGCAUAAGUACUUCCAUGAGUGCUACGGGGGAAGCAAAGAGAAAAUGGAAGAGUUACUGGUCAAGACGAAGAGAGAGAAACCCACUUUUAUUCCGUACUUUAUCUCAGCAUGUAAAGAGCUACCAGGGAAGUUCAUCCUGGGCUACCAGCCUCGAGGAAAACCAAGAGUUGAAUUUGUGACCAUCACCCCGGACGGCUUCCGCUACCGCUCCCAGAUAUUCCCCACAGUGAACGGACUAUUCCGUUGGUUUAAGGACCAUUACCAGGAGCCUGUGCCAGGCAUCACUCCGAGCAACAGCAGCCGAACAAGGACUCCUGCAUCCCUGAAUGCCACCCCGGCUAACAUCAACAUCGCAGACUUGACGCGAGCUGUCAACGCCCUCCCACGCAACAUGACCUCUCAGAUGUUCAGUGCCAUCGCUGCAGUCACAGGUCAGGGCCAGAACCCCAACACCACCCCUGCUCAGUGGAGCUCCAGCCAGUACGGCUACGGAGGCAGCACAGGAGGAGGAGGAGGGAGCUCAUCGGCUUAUCAUGUAUUUGCAACCCCUCAGCAGCCAAUAGCGACCCCCUUGAUGACGCCCAGCUACUCCUACACCACGCCGAGCCAGCAGGCCCUUGGCACGCCGCAGUAUCCGGGCUCCACACCGCAGUCUUCGCACUCUCACCCCUCGCACGCCCACCCGCACGGAAGCCACGUGUCACACCACAGCCACCACGGCCAUCACAGCAGCAGCAGCCACGGCCACUCGUCCGGCACGCCAUCGUCCUCCACAUCAUCCAGAGGAAGGACGCCACAGCAGCAGCCGCCACAGCAGCCGCCACAGCCUCAGCAGCCUCAGCAACAGCAACAACAGCCGCCACAGCAGCCACAGCCAAAGCCCAGCGGCAGCAACGCUUCAGCCGUGGACUGGGGCAAGAUGGCGGAGCAGUGGCUGAAGGAGAAGGAGGCGGAGGGCCGGAAGAAAGCUCAGAGGAUGACACCCAGACCGUCACCCAGCCCCAUGAUCGAGAGCACACCCAUGUCCAUCGCCGGAGACGCCACGCCCCUGCUGGAUGAAAUGGACCGAUAGGACACGCAGGGGGGCGUCACUACCCCCCCUCCCCCUCCUCCUACCCCUCCCUCCUCAGCCUACGUCAUCCGGAUAACCUUCCCCUCUCAUGUAUUUCUCACCAUCCGUCAGACCAUUUCAUCAAGCUGGAGCUCACAGCGUUCAGCUGACUGUCCAUUCACACGCUCUCUCCUCGUCCUGAUGUCAUAGCUGCAGUUUAUCGAUCAUGGCUCAUCCCAACUCCUUCCUUCCUUCCUUCCUUCCUCCUGUCCUCCUGUCCUCCUCAUUACACCUCAAACGUUCCUCUCCUCCUCCCCUCUGGCCAUCUCUGGCUGAUUGGUAUUUUGUAUAGUAUGAAUAACACUGUAUAUGUCAUGCAGAAAGUCAGAACAAUGACAAAAAAAAACACUUGAAUUAUCUGACAGCAGUUACACAUAGGAUAUGGACCUACACAGAACAUGUCAGCGAGCUGUCGUACUAUCUUUAUUUUUAUGAUCGGUCUUAGUUUGAUCCGUGAGCGGUGGUGACAGAGAGGCACAGUUACAGUUUUUCUUCUGUAAGGUUGAUGCCAAAAAGAACGCCUUGCCAAGCCCAAUCAGGAAGUUGAAAUUUUUUUGUAUGCGUCAGAAUGAAUAAAGACUGUUUUUUUUCUGUUUAAACAUAA